GGAAGCACUGCGUCUCCUCAAACUACAUUCUGUACUUGUCAGGAGUAGGAAAGAAGGAAGAGAUCAGAGAGAAGCUUUACGAGCACAGGUCAAAGGCGUUAUGAACAGGAUGCUGCCGCUGGAGGUACUCACCGUCGGCUCCAUGGUGGUCGAUACAGUGUCUGAGGUCACCACCCUCCUGCUGCUGCUGCUGCUGCUGAUGCUGCUGCUCUUCACCGCCUGGAGCCGAUCAAACCGGUCACACAUCCCAGGUCCUCUCUUCUUGGCAGGACUCGGCCCAAUUCUCUCCUACAGCAGAUUCAUGUGGACCGGCAUAGGAACAGCCAGCAACUACUACAACAACAAGUAUGGCAGCAUUGUCCGCGUCUGGAUCAACGGCGAGGAGACCAUCAUUCUGAGCAGGUCUUCAGCAGUGUAUCACGUUCUGAGGAGCGCCCACUACACAGCCAGAUUUGGGAGCAAAACAGGGCUGCAGUGCAUUGGGAUGGAAGGGAGGGGUAUCAUUUUCAACAGUGAUGUCCUCCUCUGGAAAAAAGCGAGGGCCUAUUUUUCUAAAGCUCUGACAGGCCCCGGCCUCCAGAGGACAGUGGGAAUCUGCGUGAGCUCCACAGCCAAACACCUGGACAGCCUGCAGGAGACGACCGACCCCUCCGAACACGUGGACUCUCUCAAUCUGCUGCGAGCCAUAGUGGUGGACAUCUCCAACAGGCUUUUCCUCAGGGUGCCACUCGACGAAAAGGACUUGCUGAUGAAAAUCCAUAACUACUUUGAGACCUGGCAGACGGUUCUCAUAAAGCCUGACAUAUUCUUCAAGAUUGGAUGGCUGUACAACAAGCACAAGAGAGCAGCCCAGGAGCUGCAAGACGUGAUGGAGAGCCUUCUUGAAAAGAAAAGAAAGAUCCUAAAUGAGUCUGAGAAGUUGGAUGAGGAUCUUGACUUUGCAACAGAGCUCAUCUUUGCUCAGAACCUCGGAGAGCUUUCGGCGGAUAACGUCAGGCAGUGCGUGCUGGAGAUGGUGAUUGCAGCGCCUGACACGCUUUCCAUCAGCCUCUUCUUCAUGCUGAUGCUGCUGAAACAACACCCAGACGUAGAGCUGAGGAUAGUGGAGGAGAUGAACACUGUCUUGAGUGAAAAAGGUGCAGAGAACAUCGAUUAUCAAAGCUUGAAAGUGCUGGAGAGCUUCAUCAAUGAGUCUUUGAGGUAUCAUCCUGUGGUUGAUUUCACGAUGCGAAAAGCUCUGGAGGACGACAUCAUCGACGGCACUGAAAUUACAAAGGGAACCAACAUCAUUCUCAACAUUGGUCUGAUGCAUAAGACUGAAUUUUUCCCAAAACCUAAAGAGUUCAGCUUGACCAACUUUAAUAAAACAGUGCCCAGUCGUUUCUUCCAGCCCUUCGGCUGCGGGCCUCGUUCCUGCGUGGGCAAACACAUCGCCAUGGUGAUGAUGAAGGCCAUCCUGGUCACUCUGCUGUCUCGUUAUACUGUGUGUCCUCGCCCAGGGUGCACCCUCAACAGCAUCAGGCAGACCAACAACCUGUCGCAGCAGCCCGUGGAGGACGAGCACAGCCUGGGCAUGUGCUUUAUCCCCCGAACGACACAAAUCCCACAGAGCUGA